AUGAAUCCAGAAACAAAAAAACUUGCCAAUGCCAUGUACGGCAGAGUCAACAUACCGACGAAUGAAAGAUGCAGGGUUAAUUUCUGCACGGAUAUGGAGAAGUCAGUACUGAUGAGCAACUUCGAAAGGCGAGGGUGGAAUCAAGUUGGACCUGAUGAUGAAUGGAACUUUUACUGGGCUUCUACGCAAACUUGCAGGAACCUGUUCAGCGUGGAAAGUGGUUACAGAAUGAAUGACAACCAGAUGAUCAAUCAUUUCCCGAACCAUUACGAGCUCUCUAGGAAAGAUUUAUUAGUGAAGAAUAUUAAAAGAUACAGAAAGGAGUUAGAGAGAGAAGGUAGUUCCUUAGCUGAGAAAGCAGAAGUCAUCUUACAUGGUGGUCAAGUUGUCACACGUUAUGUACAUCUUGAUUUUGUGCCAGUAACCUUCGUUCUUCCAGCUGACUACAAUAUGUUUGUGGAGGAAUACCGCAAGUCACCACAGAGCACGUGGAUCAUGAAACCAUGUGGAAAAUCACAAGGAACCGGAAUUUUCCUCAUAAAUAAACUAUCGAAGCUGAAAAAAUGGUCCCGGGAGGCGAAAACGCCGUUUCACCCGCAGCUGAGCAAGGAAAGCUACGUCAUUUCGAGGUACAUCGACAAUCCUCUUCUAAUAGGAGGCAAAAAGUUCGAUUUGCGUUUAUAUGUGCUAGUCACAUCUUUCCGUCCUCUGAAAGCGUAUUUAUUCCAGUUGGGUUUUUGUAGGUUUUGCACUGUGAAAUACGAUACAAGCGUUACGGAGUUGGAUAACAUGUACGUUCAUUUAACGAAUGUUAGUGUGCAGAAGCAUGGUGGAGACUAUAAUAGUAUACAUGGUGGGAAAAUGAGUGUGGAGAAUUUGCGGUUGUAUUUGGAGGGUACCAAGGGAAGAACAGUUACGGAGAAAUUGUUUGCUUCUAUACAUUGGCUGAUAGUGCAUUCCUUGAAAGCUGUGGCAUCGGUUAUGGCGAACGAUAGACAUUGUUUCGAAUGUUACGGGUACGAUAUAAUUAUAGAUAAUCAGCUGAAGCCUUGGCUAGUUGAAGUAAACGCUUCCCCUUCGCUGACUUCGACAACGGUCAAUGAUAGAAUACUAAAAUACAAGUUAAUUGACAAUAUCUUCUCUGUAGUUUUGCCGCCGGACGGCGUGCCAGAUGUGCGCUGGAACAAGUUGCCAAAUGCGGAGGCACUCGGAAACUUUGAUUUGCUUAUAGACGAGGAGUUAUUGGAAAAAGACGAGCAGACUCCUGGAGGCCGUGGCAGAAAUAGCAAAUAUUUAAAAUAG